CAACGCUGCCGCUGCCUGUCUGAUGGUCGACUGCAAAGACGGAUGGUCAGGGCCGUCCUACGUCUCUAACCUGAAAAUGAAAGAGUAACUUGAUCCAUGUCCGUUUACAGCACUGAACCCGGAUACGUGUGUAUUUAGCUCCAGUUAGUUAUUUAACGCGUUUUCUUUUUAAAUAAUGGAGGACGACUGUGUGUGUGAGUACGACUCGACCUGGGACACAGAGAGUGAUGGAGACGACCCGGCCGGAGAGAGCCAAACACGUCGGUCAAGUCAAGACAAAAACAAAUCUGGUUGGACUUUAGUAACAUGGCAUCACACGCCCAGAAACAUGAGGGCAGCAAAGGACAUGCAGAACUACAGGAGAGGAUACCCAAAUCUGACAGAUGACGAGUGCUCCGAGGACAAAAUGAACAAUUUGCAGUUUUAUCUCAAUAAAUUUCCCUCCGCCCCUGAUGAUGUCUACAUUGACUCAUUUCUUAAAGAAUGGAAAAAUGACUACAAACGACUGGAGAGAGUCCAUUCAUACAUUCAGUGGCUGUUUCCACUUCGAGAACCGGGGGUUAAUUAUAUGGCUUCAGAACUCACCAAGAAGGAGAUUGAAGCCUUCAAAAAGAAUGAAGAUGCCAAAAAGAGACUAGUCGAGUCCUAUGAACUCAUGUUGGGCUUUUAUGGCAUCCGUUUGGUCAACAAAGAGACGGGUGAAGUGAAGCGAGCGGAGAACUGGAAGGAGCGCUUUGGAAACCUUGAGCGGAAUAUGCACAACAACCUGCGCAUCACUCGUAUCCUGAAGAGCCUCGGAGAGCUGGGCUUUGAGCACUAUCAGGCCCCACUCGUGCGCUUCUUCCUGGAAGAGACUCUGGUUAAGAAGAACCUUAGCAGUGUUAAACGCAGUGUACUCGACUACUUCCUGUUUGCCGUCCUGGAUAAACAGAAACGUCAGGAGCUGGUGCGCUUUGCCUAUCUUCAUUUUGAGCCAAAGGAUAAGUUCAUGUGGUGUCCCAGAAAGAUUCAGAAACAAUUCAGGAAGGCAGAGAAAAGAUCUGACGCUGUUGGGAAUGGAGAUGGAAAGGAAGAAUUGUAUUCCCGGGGUAAAAACAAAGACGGAGAGCCAGUUGUGCCACAAAAAGAGGAUGGACCAGAUAAUGUUGCAAAAGCCCAGAAAGGAACUGAUAAAACUGCAAAUAAAGACAAAAACAAACUGUCUGAAGCAUCCCCGGAGCCAAAACCAGAAGCUGAGACUGCGGGAAAUGGAAAUUCAGAUGCUGAAUCUAAUAAUGAAAUAUUAGGAAAUGGAAAUGACUCUACAGAUGAUGUUGAUGAAAUGGAUCAGUCGCCAAGUCCUGACACUGUGAUGGCAAAAACUGAGCCCAGUGCAGACAGUGAGCUCAAAUUUACCAACAACUCAAAGGACACCAUGCAGGAACCAGACAACAUUAUGCAAACAGAUGGGGACAUUGACACUGAAAAACCACCGAAGAAGAAGAGAGAAGAUAACAAGGUGCUGCCAAGCAACGGCUCUGCUGGGGACUUGCCCAGCGGGCAGAUGGAGGAAAAAGCUGGUGCUAAUAAAGCCGCUGGUCGAACGAGCCCGACGGUGCAAACCCCCCUUAAGACUGCGAAACACUCGCCUUCUCUUUCAUCAGAGAGGGAGGAAAAAAUCCCAAGGACUGAUUUUAAUCAAGUGCCAGAUAAAAAGGAAGAAGAAGAAACGUUGCAGACAAAUGUGUCAGCAACAAAUGGGUCACUGACAAGCGCUGACAAAGCCGCAGAUGAACAGACAAACGGGAAGGAGACUGAAGAUAUUGAUAUGGAGUCAAACCCCUCAAGCUCAGACCAAAAUGUGGGGAAUUCAUGAAUAAACUGAUUGACAGGAGAAAAUACAGUAAUUGAGAAUAAAUGAAAUGUAAUAUAGGGACAGAGUAUGACUUAAAAAAGACUUUCUGGGCCUUAUUUCUACUAUGUUUGAUGUUUAGAUAUUGAUUCUUUUCACUUUGAAGGAGUAUGUGACUGAGUUUCUAAAUGACCAUCAGACAGUGUUAAAAGAUCAUUCUGGUGAUAUUCUAUAUUUUUUUUGUAUUACUAUUAUCAACAAGUCCCACGAAAAGACCAAAACCAACAAUGACUUCUCACCCCUCUCUGUGGCAUUCAGCCUCAAGCCCCAUUUAUUCACAUAGAGGACAUGGAUCUUUAAAAAGAAGUCAAACAAUAUGUAGUUACAUUUUAAAAGGCUAAAUAAUCAUACAGCUGGGAACUGUAGUUUUUUUUAGAGAAUGUUACUCAAACAGGAGUAAAUAAUAGUUUUGUUGGGGAUCUAUUUCCAGUGGCGGAUUUUGGACUAUUUACAGUAGCAGGAUAGUGUUGUUAUGAGAUCAACUCGGAAUGAACUACAGUGUCCAUGUUCACAGUGAUGAAGGAACAGGUCAGUCAGUGUGGCCCACUGGUGUGUUUU